CACCCCUGUAGACCCCAUUUAUAUUAUUUAAGUAACAUUGUUCAGAACACAUUACUAGUCUCCAAACAGUAAUUUAUCAUUAACUAAAAUGGCAGGACCAAAGUGGAUCCCUUUUGAAGUCUUGUCUUGUCUCUAUGUUACCCCAGGUUGGACUGGAUUCCCCCCUUCCUCUGGCUGUGAGGUUUUCAUCAUUCAGAUUGAUGUCUAUGAAGACAAGCUCAUCCCCUUGUUCCAGCAGGCGGGCAUGCUCUAUGAGUUCAGGCUCACAAUGAACUUCAGCGGGCAGAAUCACGUUGCCUACACCAAGUACACUGACCCCGAAAGCGCUGAAGCAGCCAUUCGAAAGUUUAACCGCUACGAGCUGCAGAACGGAUGCUACAUCACGGUGCGUAAGAGUACAGAGAAACGGGUGCUGCUCCUCGAUGAGCUGCCCAGGGCUGUGCAGAAAGACAUGCUCCUGCUGCUGCUCAGAAACUUCACAGAGGGAGUGGAGGACCUCAAAAUAAAGCACAGCCCCAAGGGGAGUGAGAAAGCUUCUGCUGCUGUGCAGUAGGUGUCGCAUCACGC